GCUGGUGGAUUUGUCACAAUCGGGAGAAGAGAGAAACUGACUCAAUGUAUUUAUGUAUGUGUGUGUCCUGCGGAUCUAACACGAUAACAAGCCGGCCCACCCUCAGCUGGAACCCCCUCCAGACAUGAACGUAACACACAUCGACGGGUUGUAGAUGUAGUAGGUAAGACUUGUGUUUCUUUUUCCUCUUUUUGACUUCCAUCCCUAAAGGCUCUAAUUUCGUCGUCAUCUUCGUCAUCCCACACGCGGUCCUUGAGGAACUCCGGAAUAUAAAAAGGCAAGAAAAACGGGCGUCGUCAACAACGACGCUGCCGGCCAACCUACCCGCCCGCGCCCGCGCUCCACUCUAAUCACGUUAUCCGCGUCUAGCAGAUAUAUCUAAUAAUCUCUCUCUCGUCUUUUUGAGUAGUCGUCCUCCUCUCUUCCGCCGAGCCCACUCAAGAAGAAGAACAACGAUAAUAUUAUUGGACGUCAAAGAGACCGAAGAUUUAACCCUCCGUUGGAGGGCAGCGGCCUUGUGUGGCAUCAGAUCAUCAGUGACAGAUAGGUUAGAUGAAUAGAUAUAUACAGGACACUCACGUCCACAUGGUCGGCCAUACCAACACGAAACCGUUCGAGUGUUCUCAAUGCGCCUACCGCUCCAACUGGAGUUGAAAGCGGCCCGCGACCCGGCUCACACACAGGCUCGAGUUCUCUUGCUGGACUCUUCUGGCGAACGUCAUUACGAUCAGUACGACCGUUACCUGGUUAUCAUGCGCGUCACGGAAUCGGGAGGUCCGUCGUUGACCCCCGGGCAAUUCGCCAUGGAAGAAAUGGGACGUAGAGCGGCGACUUCUUCUUCUCGGCGGACCGAUUCUUUGUCGCCGUCUCCGUCUCCUUCGCCGGUGCCUUCGCCCGUUCCCGUUGCGGCUUCUGCCAGCACCGCAACUUCCACCUCCGUUGAGUCGCUGCCGUUCAAUUUGUCCGACGUCUCGUUGGCCACUUCGUUGGCCAGUAUCGCCUCCAGUCUCUUACCGCCACCUCCUGCCAUCCGCCAGCUUCCGUCGCUCAACGCCAUCCACCCGGAAGAUUCUCAUCACUUGACGACGGAGUAUCCGUCGCCCACCAAAUCGACCAGCGGCGCCAGCGCCAAUCCAUGACGAACCAUCUGCAAAUGCAAACGUUGCGUUUUGAAGUAAGUCGAUCCUAUUUGAUUCCGGCGCUAAUUAAAUAGAAUAAAAGGAUUAGUUAAGGAUUUUUUUUAAAA